AUCUGCUUAUCAUAUCACAUGCUCUAUUCUUCUCUCUCUCCACACGAACUUCCUCAUAUAUACAUCGCUGGUUUGGCUUUUGACACAUUCACCAUUUAAAAAGAGCAUCAACUUAACAAGUGCCAUCUGAUCAGACAAAACUGCUAAUCAACCAGAAUGGCUGACAACCAAGACUAUGGAGGUGGGGAAGGAGGGAAGCGAUCAGCAGAGGAUCAGAGGCAAAACCAAAACAAGCGCCCUAGAGGGGAUUACAAUCAAGUUGUAUUCCGUUUGAUGAUUAGAAGCAACAAUGCUGGAGGGGUGAUAGGAAAAGGUGGCGAGAAUAUCAAGCGUCUCAGGUCAGAUUAUGAUGCUAAGGUGUCUAUUCCAGAUUGCAAUGGGCCGGAGCGAAUCAUUAAGAUUGUCACCAAACAGCUGGAUAGUGCUCUUGACUGUAUUUCAGAUAUCAUUCCAAAGGUGGGAGAAAAGGUGGAGAGGAGGGAUAGGAAGCAAGAUCAGAGUCAGAACCAGGGCCAGUUUUUUGUCAGGAUCAUGGUCCAUCAGAGUCAUGCUGGAGCCAUCAUUGGAAGGGCAGGUUUUAAGAUCAAAGAACUUCGGGAGAAAACUGGUGCCCAUUUCAAGGUAUAUACAAAAACCUGCCCAAACUCCACCGACCGUGUUGUCCAACUCACUGGUACCGCAGAUGUAAUCAUCAAGGCCGCUCGUGAAGUCUACGAAAUAUGUUCCGAAACCCCCAUCAAGGGCCUUGCACAGGAAUAUGACCCAUUCAACCAUGAUACAAGCAAUUUUGACCAGUACGGGGGAUUCCUGUUUGAUCCAGCAGAGGAAAGUUAUGGUGAUCGAGGCGGCUAUGGAGGUGACCGUGGUGGUGGCGGCGGCCAAUGGAACAGAGGUCCGCCAAUGGGACGUGGCUAUGAUCGUGGAAUGGUUGGUGGAAAUGAUAACUUUGGGUAUGGCCGAAGUCCCUUUGGUGGUGGAGGUGGUGGGCCCAUGGGAGGAGGACGAGGAAGGGGAGGACGUGGACGAGGAGGUGGUGGUGGACCUGGUGGUGCUCGUGGAUAUGGAAGAGAGCAGCAAUAUGGUGGUGCCCAAGGCUAUGAUUUUGGUGGAGAUUCUGGUCGUGGCCAAUCCAACUUCGGAGGUGGAGGCGGUGGCUUUGAUGGUGGUCCUGGUGGAGGAGGCGGUGGGGAAGCUGUUCAGACACAACAAGUCACCAUACCCAACGACCUGGCUGGCUCUAUCAUUGGCAGAGGGGGUCAGCGCAUCAAAAAAAUCCGUACACAGUCAGGAGCACAGAUCAAGAUCGACGACCCUCUUCAAGGUGCCAAGGAUAGAAUCAUCACCAUUACAGGUACGCAACAUGACAUUGCUCAUGCCAAGUUCUUGUUACAAAAUAGUGUCAAGGAGUACCAAAAUAGUGGAGGAGCAGUUCAGUAAUUAGAAAGUUCAGAAUUGGAAAUUAGCCUUUCCUUGAUAGAAUCUCCUUGUUCAAAGUUGUAAAUACAUGUAUCUAUCUAGGUGGUCAUGAUAUCACAUUUAUUUUCAUGCCAUAAAUUGCUCGAGAGGAACUUCAAUCUAGAAAGUAUUCCCUUUUAUUUUGCAAAAUUGCUUUCCUCGCUUUUUUUGUUUUAUGUACUUGUAUAUGAUAAGGCUAUGCUUUCCUUUUAUAAUCUUUUAGAAUUUUAAUUCUUUGGUUUGUUCAUCAAUAUUUAAAUUUAGAUGACAAGACUUGAUUUAUUCUUGAUCAAUUUUGCAGUUGCUUAAUGCUAAUGUAGAAAAUGAUCAACUUGUUUCCAUUUAGCUUACAAUGUAACACGAAUGCCAAGGAGCAUUCCUUACAGAAUUUUUUUUUCCAGGGCUUCUUUCACAGUCUCUUACUCCCUAAAUCAGCAAACUUUAACAUUGCAAUGAAUGAAGAUUAUCCAGGGCCCCUUUUUAAGUUUCUGAGCUCUUUUAAUGUAAGCUUUUCAAGGGCGAUAUCACCUCGAUUCCCAUACACAGUACUGUACAUGUACCUCCCCCCCCCACGUUUCACAUGUUUCUUUCUUUUUAUUUAAAUUUUUAAGCAAAAUAAUCCUAUGCGCAAAGUCCUUUUGAGUUUACCUUUUCUGACAUACAUGUAUGUUGAAUUAGGAAAAGGAUUUUUUGGUCCAAAUAAGAUGGUACAUGUAAAGACUGAUUCAUGGAGAUUUUUCUUCGGUUAAUAGCUUACAGUAUGAAUUAUUGAAUUUCAUCUGAAACCCUGUCAUGUUUAGAAUAUGACAUGUGCAUGUGAAUAUAAAGGUCAAUAUAUCUUACAAAGGCCAAUACUAUUUCUUAAAAAUUAUUGUUUUUCUGAUUUAAAUGGUCAUAAUUGUACAUGCAGAAUUGUGACCCUUGGAAAAAAAAGAGACUGUACUUUUUAUGGUGGCAAGCAUUAGAUUGCUAUUUCCUGUUUUUGUACAUUUGUGUAAUAAUCAUUUUCAUGUUGCCAUUACUAGUGCUUUACCAUGAAGGAUUUCCCAGGGCCAGUGUAGAAAGGGGGUAUUCCAUGUUCAGUGCACUUUAAUUUUCUUGUUAAGGCUACUGUAUUGAAUAUUUUUUAUAUGUAAAAAGUGUACAUGUAGUUUGGAACUCUUGUACAUGUACAUGUACUUGGCAAAAUUGGGGAAGAUCUCUCAGAAGUUCAGUUUAUUGUGUCAUUCAUCAACACAAAUGAAAAUGUAAAUGCAUGUAUGACACAAAUUCCUAUUUUACUCUUUGGAAGAGGGCCCUUAGCUAAUGUUUACAUGUAGGUUUUAAGAAAAAUAGAAAUAAAAAAAAACAUAAAAAUUACAAUUUUACCAUCUAUUCCUGAAUGUUGAAUGGUGUUAUGACUGUUGUCACAUGUACAGUGUACAUGUAAAUUAGUCCUUUGGAAUUGGAUGUCAUUGAUGUUGAAUAUCUUGGUUAAAUAGGAUGCAUGUUAAAGAGUUGUUUAGACUUUAGACAAAUAGUUGUUGAUUAUCAUGUUAAUAUCGUCUGUAUGGAAGUAAAGCUCAAUAGCAUAUUGUUGAUUUGUUCAGUUAGAUUUGAACAAUGAGGCCCCAGUGAUCAGAAUGAUGGAAAACAAAUGCUGAACAAUUUCUUUUGAAGUAAAGCCCUACAUGUAUGAACAGUAUCUGAGCUGAUAUCAGAAAAUAAUCAGAACCUACAAGUACUGUACAUAGCCCAUACCAAAUAGUUUGAUCUAGUUUGAUCUGAUUUGAGGCUGUUCGUGACAAACAUAUCUACAAAAACAACCUUUCAAUAAUUCCAGUCCAUCCUAUUUAUCCAAAUGUAUUUCAAUUUAGUUGCUGUUAUGUAUUGCAAAGCAUUUGAACCCAAUAAAUAUCCAUUUGCUAUACCAAGCUAA